GCCUAUCAGGCACCUCGCUUUUAUCACACACGCGCUCGCGCUCGCGUCCGCUCUCGCACACGUACACACCUGUUCAGAGUCAAUAAGAGAGGACGCCAGAGAAAGCCCCCUUUGAGAGAGAGAGAGAGAGCCGCAAUUGCGAGAUAUUGCGCUAACACUUCAUUUGCCGAUAAAACCCCAAAAGCUCCACACACACGACACGGCUCCACGCUCUGCGGCGUCACAGAGUUUUUCUGAAACUGAAGCGAGCGCACAUUCCAGUCCAGCCGAAAUCUGGAUGUAAUUGAUUUCCCCCCCUUUUAACAGAAGCAACAAAUUAAUCAAAACAUUUGACAAAUCAACCUGCUCCCAUUCUUUUUGACACCAACAAACAAAACAAACAAAAAAGAAGAAGGAAACAAGAGACAAUCGGAGAUAUAAUAAAAUUAAAUUAAAAAAGCAUAUUAAAAGACGACAAAAUGUGCCGCUGCUGUCAAAACUGUUGGGAAGAUUUCUACUGGAACUGCUUUGAGGAGCGCUUUUGCUACGAUGAAUCGAUUGCCAAUUACAAUCCCGAAGACGACGAGGACUAUUUGGCCGCUCAAAAGAAUGGCCAGAUCAUUGGACGCAUACAGCCAGCAACUACAGACAAUAAUAAUUCCUUGACUGUGCCACAACAACCGAUUUGCGAUCAGCCGCAAAUGCGGCAAAACAGCUCCGGUCUGGGCCUGAGUCUAAUGAGUGCCAAGAUGCAUGAGGAGGACUAUCGUCGCGAGACGCAAAUAAAUGUACCCACACUGGGUCCCGAGAUAUUGGCGGUAUUUGCCAAUUCGCAGAUCUUCCAAGACCAUCAGCCCACAAAGUUAAAUCGCAUUAGCACAAAGACAUAUUUGGCCGGAAUCCAUUCGCCCAAUCGGGAGAUGCCAACGACGCCGCGAGUCAGCGAUCAGGAUCGCUUGUUGCGUCGCCUGGAAGGCGAUGCUACAGAUUCAAAGACAUCACCCGAGAAACGAAUUACAUUCACUUUGGCCCCAUCCUCGGCAGAGUGCUCGCCCGAGGGAAGUCAGACCUUGUCCCCCAAAAAGUUCGAGGCCAUUGCCGAGGAGGAGAAGGAAGACGAAAAGGAAGACGAGGAGGAUUCCCUAGAGGAGGUUGUACUGCGACCCCGCCUCAUUGAUCGACAUCCCCAUCUGUUGGCCAAUCCCAGUGGCCUGGCCACCACACCGAAGCGUAUCCUGCGCUCGGCCAAGAGUGUGCCGCACAUGCACGUGAGAUCGGCGGCCAGUGAAACGGAUAUAUUCUCCAUCAGCGGCACUGUGAACAGCAGCCAGAUAAGCAUGACACCGGAGGUUCCCUUCAUAUCGUUCAGUAAUCUGCCCAAGAACUACGAGGACACACCGACCAUCGAGAAGUACCGCGUGUCGCAGAGCCUGUACUCCAUUCAGACGGCAAAUGCGGCAAGGGCCACACAGGAUGAUUACUCGAUGCCACGCUACUUCCGUCGCUCUGCCAUGCUCAUGACCCAGAGCUCCGAAGUAUUGCCUGGCAGUUCCUUGGCAUCCAUGACACCAUCGGCCACGUCUUCCACGUCGCCCGGUUCCUCCAACAACGAGCUGCGUCGCCCGGAAAAGGAGAAGAGCAAGCGCCUCCAAAUGCUGCGCGGCAAUCUGCCACCACUACUCAUCCAUUCCGUCUCGUUCAAGCGUAAUCGCGAUGAAGGCAAACAAGUGGAUUAAUAUCCAUAAAAUUGUACUUUAAAAUAUAUGUGUACCUAUUGUUAAUCUGUGUUUCUGUAUUUUUGUUGUAUCUGACUUAGUAUGUAGGUCCUGCGUAAGGGAUUAAUGUAUUGUUCUAUGUUCUUUGUCCACUCUCACUCAGUAUUCGGAUAUGUACUUCAUUAUGCAUGUAUGAUUGAUAUUACAAAAUAAAAUUCAUAUUACUACAA